AUGUUACUCCAGGCGGCUCGCCUGGUGGGCCUGCAGCUCUCCCUUUCCCUUUUCUGCUGCUGGGCUUUCAGUUGUCACAGCACAGAGUCCUCUCCGGACUUCAGCCUCCCUGGGGAUUACCUCCUUGCAGGCCUGUUCCCUAUCCACAGUGACUAUCUGGAGGUGAGAAGCAGACCCAUGGUGACCCUCUGUGACAGGUCCAACAGUUUCAACAGCCAUGGCUACCAUCUCUUCCAAGCCAUGCGGUUCAGCAUCGAGGAGAUAAACAACUCCACAGCCCUGCUGCCCAAUGUCACCCUGGGGUAUGAGCUGUAUGACGUGUGCUCGGAGUCAGCCAGCGUGUACGCCAUGCUGAGAAUACUGAGCGUGCCGGGGACGCACCACAUAGAGAUCCAAGGAGACACUUCCCGUUAUUCUCCCACGGCCGUGGCCGUGAUUGGGCCCUCCUCCACCAACCAUGCCACCGCCGCCGCCAGCAUGCUGAGCCCCUUCCUGGUGCCCCUGAUCAGCUACAAGCCCAGCAGCGAGACGCUUGGCGUGAAGCGGCAGUACCCUUCUUUUCUGCACACCAUCCCCAGUGAUAAGUACCAGGUGGAGAUCAUGGUACUGCUGCUGCAGAGUUUUGGGUGGGUCUGGAUCUCGUUGGUGGGCAGCGACGACGAGUACGGGCAGCUGGGGGUGCAGGCGCUGGAGAACCAGGGCACCCAGCAGGGCAUCUGCAUCGCCUUCAAGGGCAUUGUGCCCUCCUCUGCUCGGCCAGGCGAUGACAGCAUGUGGAACAUGAUGAGCCGCCUGGACUGGGCGAGGACCACCGUCGUGGUCGUCUUCUCCAGCAGGCAGCCGGCCAGGGUGUUCUUUGAGUCUGUGGUGCUGGCCAACCUGACUGCCAAGGUGUGGAUUGCCUCAGAAGACUGGGCCAUCUCCACACACCUCAGCAGCGUGCCCGGGAUCUGGGGCAUCGGCACAGUGCUGGGCGUGGCCAUCCAGCAGAGGACUGUCCCUGGCCUGAAGGAGUUUGAAGAGGCCUAUGUCCGGGCAGACAAGGGGAUCCAGGGGCCUUGCCCCAGGGGCUCUUGGUGCAGCAGCAACCAGCUCUGCAGAGAGUGCCAGGCGUUCACGGCACAGGAGAUGCCCACGUUCGGAGCAUUCGCCAUGAGCAACUCCUACAACGUAUACCGGGCUGUCUAUGCCGUGGCCCAUGGCCUCCACCAGCUCCUGGGCUGCACCUCAGGAGCCUGUUCCAGGGGCCAAGUCUACCCUGGGCAGCUUCUGGAGCAGAUCCACAAGGUGAAUUUCCUUCUACACGAGGACGUUGUGACAUUUAAUGACAACGGGGACCCCCUCAGCAGCUAUGACAUAAUUGCCUGGGACUGGAGUGGCCCCAAGUGGACCUUCCAGGUCAUUGGCUCCUCCAGAUGGUCUCCAGUUAGGCUUGACAUAAAUAAGACCAAAAUCCAGUGGCAUGGAAAGGACAACCAGGUGCCGACAUCUGUGUGCUCCAGCAACUGCCUUGAAGGGCAUGCACAAGUGAUUGUGGGUGUCCACCACUGUUGCUUCGAGUGUGUGCCCUGUGAGGCUGGGACCUUCCUCAACAAGAGUGACCCGCACAGAUGUCAGCCUUGUGGGAAAGAAGAGUGGGCACCUAAGAGAAGCCAAACCUGCUUCCCACGCACCGUGGUGUUUUUGGCUUGGCAUGAGCCUGUCUCUUGGGUGCUGCUGGCAGCUAAUACACUGCUGCUGCUGGUGGUGGUUGGGACUGCUGGCCUGUUUGCCUGGCACCUAGAGACCCCUGUGGUGAGGUCAGCUGGGGGCAAGCUGUGCUUCCUCAUGCUGGGUUCCCUGGCAGUGGGCAGCUGUGGCCUCUAUGGCUUCUUAGGGAAGCCCACACUAAUCAUGUGCUUGCUACGCCAGACUCUCUUUGCCCUCGGUCUUGCCAUCUUCCUAUCCUGCCUGACAAUCCGCUCCUUCCAACUGGUCUUCAUCUUCAAGUUUUCUGCCAAGCUACCCAUAUUCUACCGUGCCUGGGUCCAACACCAUGGUGCUGGCCUGUUUGUGGUGAUCAGCUCAACAGCCCAGCUUCUUAUCUGCCUAACUUGGCUUGCAGUGUGGACCCCACUGCCCACCAGGGAAUACCAGCGCUUCCCUCAGUUGGUGAUGCUUGACUGCACAGAGGCCAAGUCACUGGGCUUCGUGCUGGCUUUCAUCUACAAUAGCCUCCUCUCGGUCAGCACCUUUGCCUGCAGCUACCUAGGCAAGGACCUGCCAGAGAACUACAACGAGGCCAAAUGUGUCACCUUCAGCCUGCUCCUCAACUUCGUGUCCUGGAUCGCCUUCUUCACCACUGCCAGCGUCUACCAGGGCAAGUACCUGCCGGCUGUCACCAUGCUGGCCGCGCUGAGCUGCCUGAGCGGCGGCUUCAGCGGUUAUUUCCUGCCCAAGUGCUAUGUGAUCCUCUGCCGUCCAGAUCUCAACAGCACGGCGUACUUCCAGGCUUCCAUCCAGGAGUACACCAGGCGCUGCAGCUCCACUUGA